AUGCUGAGUCUCAACUCCCCGGACCGUAACCGUGACGACACCGUUACCGGGCCUUCCCUUCGGGACCCGGUGGCGUUAAACGUGGGCGGGGAGCUGUACAGCACCACCCUGGACACCCUGACCCGCUGCAGGGAGUCCAUGCUGGGGGCCAUGUUCACCGGGCAGAUCUCCUCGCUCCGGGACCGGCAGGGGAACGUGUUCAUCGACCGGGACGGGAGAUUGUUCCGGUACGUUCUGAACUUCCUGCGCUCCGGCUCGCUGGACCUGCCGCGGGGCUUCUCUGAGCUGGCGCUGCUCCGCAGGGAGGCGGACUUCUACCAGAUACGCCCCCUGCUGGAGGAGGUGCGCCGCUACGAGGAGGCCCGGCCGCUCUGCGAGGGAGGGGGCCCGCCGGGGGCCAUGCUGCUGGUGGAGGUGGACUGUGCGCGUUCUCCACUUCAACCUGCGCCGAGGGGCCGGGAACUACGAGCUUUGCACGUGCUCAGUGCGGGUUCUGACUGCAGAGCUUUUCUGCACCUGGCGGGCCUUCCUGCUCCUGCUCUGUGGACGCUUGUCCUACUGGACUCCCCAGGGUCUCAGUGCCCCCCAGUUGGCCGAGCCCAGGCAGAACCGGGUGAGGCUGGAGUGGGUCCCCAGACCAGAGGAGCUGCCCCAGGAUCAGUACAACAAGCUGCGAUACCGAGGCCUCAUUGUCACCGACCCGGAAACAUCGCAGACCCACCCUGGAGGGCCCUGCGAUGUCAUCAGUGAGCGCCGAGGCCCCUGUGAGGUCACAGACACGCGCUGCUUCGUGGAGGAGCUGCUGACAGUGUCGCUGGCCGAGGGGUUCAGGGUGGAGUCGGUAACCCCUGACCCCGCGGAUAUUCUGAACUGCAGUUCGCUCCGUC